GCUCUGUCACGCGCGAAAUCCAUCGCGAAUGUCUUGGAGACGUCGAUCGCGGUUCAAGCCGAUUUCCGCGCCCAUGGCAUAAGUGCAUCAUUUUCGAAGAAGGAGAUUCUCACCAUCGUGAUUCUCGUCUCUAUAACUGUAUGUCUUUCAAAUGCGGCCUUUGGAUUCAUCUCGAAACCUCCGUUGGAUGCUGUCAUGGCAGUGAUGGAAACGUGCCCGUACUUACAACCAGUGCCUCUCUCGAUUUUGAUGUUGCGACUGUUAUCCUUCAUGGCUAAAGGACUUGAAUCCGUGUUCGUGCAACUUGAGUUUUUGACAAAUGUGCAUCAUCAUCCUGAUGGUGAACGCUUGAAGGCGGUGCUAAGACGUGUUUUUGCUUCGUAUAGAAGCGUGAUGCUCUUCUGCGAAUCUUUCAAGAGCGCUUUCGGGUUCAUCACGGCGGCGCUUUUCUUGGAACUUUUCAUGAGCGUGUUGUUGCUCUCAUUCACUGUCACAAGUAGUAUUAUGAAUCAAUCAGUAAAUGAAGAUGACCAUCCAUUCGUGGUAUUGACGUUUGGAAUUUGUUUGGACAUAAUGUUGAUGGUGCUCCUGUGUUCCGCCGGACAAUCGAUCAUCGAUCAGGACGAUAAAAUUCGAAUGUGCAUCAGGGACAUGCAACAGUCGCCCGUUACCACGGAAAUUCAAUUCCUGAAAGAUCCCUUUGUUUGCGGUGAAUCCGAAGUUGGAGCGAAUUCCUUAGAUCGGAUCUUGUUGUGCAAAGGAGCAUCUGUCACAGCUGACGACUACUUUGAGUUGAAGAAUAGUAACGUUCCAAACGCAACGCAACUCAUCAUGAUGGGAAAAUUUCCCACUUAUUGUUGUCUACCAUCGCAUCCUUGUCCAGACUUCGAGAAUACAUGUCCCAUUCUUCCUGCCUCCAGUGGCAACGUGGAGAGUCCUGACAAACCGGAAGAUGGACUUCCGUGUUGCAGAGUUGCCAUCGACGCAAGAGGAAUUUUCAUAGUCUGUCACACUGACUUUUGCGACGCUGCGCAGAACAUUGAAACCUUACCACAAGACUUUGAAGUAGCCUCAUGAUGUCACACCCACGAAGAUGGACAUGUUGUUUGUGACCAGUAUUCUUGCAUGAUUUCACCAACGAUGGGUGAACCCGAUUUGAAAGGACCGAAGAUUCUCCUGGGGGAAUUGGAAAACGGGGUCGCUCACUUGCACAAGUGUUGCUUCCCCUCAUGUGCGAUGCUUGGGUGCAUUCCAAGUUGUUCCUACCCAUGCGGCGUUUGAUCCCAGAAAAAGAACCCAAGCAGGGAUAUCCGGCCAAGAAAAUCCACAGGUGCAUGACAAAAGUAAUUUUUUAUGAAUGAAUGUCCGAACUGUCGUCUCUCGUGUACAUUCAACUGAAAAUAUCCGUGUUACAAAUCCACCGAAUGAAGUUUUUCUCUCACAAUAUCUGGACAUUGUUUGACAAGCAAAAUAAAUUUUUGUAGAAAAUGCAGCUCUCUUACAAUUUACGAGAA